AUGCUCCGCGAGCUGGUCCAACAGCGACUAAACAUGGCAAUUCAGGACAUUUUUCAAUUAUUUGAACAGACUUUAGCCGAGUACAAAGAGGAACUGGGUCGAACAAAGGAGGAGAACGUACGCCAACGCGAGCUACUGGAAGCUUUUCUACAACCUCAAGUUCAGCUACACGCAAUAGACAUCCAGCAGGUGUCAGUGGACACCCAAAAACAUGAGGAUGGCCAAUCGGAACACCUCCACAUUAAAGAGGAAACAUGGAGCGGUCGAGACGAGCAAUCCGACUGCGCUGCCUUCACGCAAGUGCCCGGCGUUUCCGUCAAGAGCGAAGUCGGCGAAGCGCAUCAACAAGACGACAAAGAAGCCGACGAAGUAAAACCCAAUAUGGACGACGUCGUGUCCCGCUCAUUCAACAGCGAGCCCGCCGCUCAAGAACCUUCCGUCGAAACCUCCGAGGAAUUCGAAUCCCCUAACCCGAAGAUGAACACUCCGGACGACCCCGAACUCCCACACGUCAAAGAAGAAGACGACAACGACGACCCCCAGUGGACCGUUCCCAAUGAUGACCGCGUCAACCCCGAGUCUUCCAACCUCCCCUUGAAAACCAAGCCAAUCAAACCUGAUGGCGAUGCCGGCCCGAGCUGCGCGGGCGGCUUCGUCCAAGGCGAGCCGUCUCAGGGCGGCUCAUCCGACGACAUCACGUCCCACUCGUCGGACGAAGCCCCCAAAAAAGCCAAAAAACAAUUCCCUUGUUCCGAAUGCGGUAAAACCUUCAGUAACCGCGGGAUUCUCACCCGCCACAUGAAGAGCCACACGAGCGAAAAACCCUUCUCCUGCCCGGCGUGCGAGAAAACCUUCAGCCGCCACGACUGCCUCCGCUCGCACCUGCGCUGCCACACCAGGGAAAAACCCUUCCACUGCUCUCUGUGCACGCAAACCUUCCGCCACCGUCAGAACCUGCGCUCACACUUGAGGAGCCACACCGGCGAGAAACCCUUCUCCUGCCCUACCUGCGGCAGCACCUUUUCCACCAGAGCGAACUUAAAAAGACACGUCAGCAUGCACACCAGAGAGAAGCGCGCCAUUCGUCAAAAGCGCUUCACCACCAAAGGCAACGUGGUGUUACACACACGAACCCACACGGGCGAGAAGCCAUUUACCUGCACCGUGUGCGAUGGGGCGUUCACCACCAAGUGGCAAUUGAUGCGCCACGCCCGCACGCACACCGGAGACAAACCCUUCUGGUGUUCCGUUUGCUACCAACGAUUCACCCUAAAGGACACCAUGCUGACGCACUUGGAAGAACACGCCCGCGAGGCCCCGUACACCUGCGUAGCCUGCCCGGCCACCUUCGACACCAGGAAGGAACUGUCGAAGCACAAUUGCACGCACGUCGGCGAGAAACUGCACCCCUGUCCCGUGUGCUCGAAAAGGUUCUCCCGCAAGAGCAACAUGACGGCGCACAUGAAAGGGCACUCGGGCGAGAAACCAUUCACCUGCCCCGUUUGCAACAAGGGCUUCGUCAGCAAAGCCGUCAUGGUGAGACACGGGCUGACGCACACCGGCGAGAGACCGUUCGGUUGCGACGUGUGCCAUAAAAAGUUCACGCGCAAGUUACACGUCACCAAACACAAAUGUCCCGGCGUAAACGACUACAUGGACAAUUUGAAGGAGAGUGAAAGUGUCUGA